UCGGCUGGGUGGGUGACUCAAUCGGCUGUGAAUUGAAGAGGAUCUUCCACCUCGGCGGAUUGCUCCGCAGCCAUGCUCAGGACCUGGGCUGUCCUGCCUCUGGCACUGUGCAAGAGCUAUAUGCAUAAUUCCAUCUAAUUAUCACAACAGACAUAAGGAAAACCUAUUUCCACUGUACAGAUAAAGAAGAUGAAAGGCUGGAGGUGUGAUUCAGCUGGUAUUAGCAUUUGCCCAUUACUUACCUUUCUGGCUGGAUCUUUGUCAAGUGUCACUGCCCUAGUGACUGAUAUCAGAUCUGAUAUGUUGGAAUUGAGAACGAAUGUUACUAAAACUGAGACUCAGUGCCCAGAAGGCCAGUAUCGUGGGGGCCAAUUCUGCUGUCUGCCAUGUCCACCUGGCAAACGAAAAGAUGCUGACUGCUUAAACAAUGGGGAGAAGUCAAUCUGUGUGCCCUGCAAAGAAGGGGAGGAAUACACAGACAAAGAUAAUUAUUCUCCCAAAUGUAGAAGAUGUGGAUUUUGUGAUGAAGGGCAUGGAUUAGAAGUGGAAACAAAAUGUACCCUGACCCAGAAUACCAAGUGCAGAUGUAAAACAAACUUUUAUUGUAACACUUCUCUGUGUGAACACUGUGACCCCUGCAUCACGUGUGAAUACGGAAUCAUUGAGGAAUGCACACCAACCAGCAAUACCAAAUGCAAGACAGAAAGUUCCAGAUAUAACCAUCUGUGGUGGUUGCUCUUAGUCCCGAUUUCAAUAGUUUUGGGGAUACUUAUAAAGCGCAAGUAUCAAAAUUGUGGACACAAUGAUGAGUCUCCACCCUCAAAUCCUGAAACAGUGCCAAUGAAUUUGCCAGAUGUUGACUUGAGUAAAUAUAUCAUAAGCAUUGCUGAACAAAUGAGAAUAAAUGAAGUUAGGGAAUUUGUCCGGAAGAAUGGUAUCAGUGAAGCCAAAAUGGAUGAGAUCAAGAAUGAUAAUCCCCAAGAUACAGCUGAGCAGAAAGUCCAGCUGCUUCGUAAUUGGUAUCAAUAUCAUGGGAAGAAGGAUGCCUACAAAACCUUAAUUAUAAAUCUCAGAAAAGCCAAUCUUUGUGCUCUUGCAGAGAAAAUUCAAGAAGUAGUCCAGAAGGACUUUGAAAAAUCAACUUCAGACCUCAAAAAUGAAAAUGAAAGACAAAGUUUGGUCUAGAGUAAAACUAACUCGGUUCUGACUAUGUAUAGUCAACAAAUACAGCAAUGAAUAUGCAAAAGUUUUUAAUAGCUGAAGGCUGUAAAUAUUUCUUGGCUUUUUACUUGGUACAUUUUAUUUGUUCAUUUGUUAGAUUUGUAAAAUUCAUAUAUUUAUAAAUUUUCAGGAUCUUAUGAUUGUGCCUUCAAGAAUGUUUAAAAUCCAGGUGGUAAAGUCAGGCAUGAUCAAGAACAAAUGCAAUUUCAUGUUAAGCCCCCAAAAAGAAGUGUAUGCAAAGGGGAAAAGUUUAGGAUUACACUCUACUUUCUAAGAUGAUCCUAUAGGUAUGAAUAUAAUUAGUGUGUGUCAAUCCCUAGGCUGACCCCAUUCCAUGAGUCAUAGAAGCUGUGACAUUUUGUUACAAUGCUAUAGUCACCAGAAAGGCCGCUUUACUUCUACAUUACCUCCUCAAUGGUUACCACUCUGAAAGGAGCACAUUCAGGCAAAGCUGGCAUAUAUAUUUCAGUGUGGAAUUUAAUAAAGUGCUACCUCAAAGAUUGUUGCACAUAUCACUGGCAUUUUAUUGUGCAAUACUUCAUUAUGAAAUUGCAUGGAAAAUGCAGGUAGAAUUAUAAUGCUUGAAAACUUGCUAUUUAUAUGCCAUUUUCCUGAAUCAAAAUAUUCUACUUCUUUCUCAGGUACCACAAGCGUUUUGAGCAGGAGAAUAUUACUACAGCUUUACUACCCCUCCAUUUUUUCCUUGUAUUCAUCUUGAUACAGCUUCAUGCACUGCUAAACCUGGAAGGAUUGCUAAAGAAAUUCUUAAUGAUCUCAUAAAAAUCAUGACUACUCUUAGAAAUGCUAGCCUCAUCCUGAGAGACUAAACUAGUCUUAUAGGAGGUAGUUUAUGGCAUAUCAGGAACCCAUGCCUGUUCCCACUCUACAGAAUAUUCAAUAACUUCCUAUGUGUUCUCUCCCUAUGGUUGCAAAUGGCUGCUUAUACCUCACAAAGGCAAAAUCACCAUCAGGUUUUAGGAACUGUUCUUGUUACUCUCUUCAGGUUCUUAGACAAAUGAACUCUUCUGCCUACCACUACUUUGUUGUUUUUACAUUCAAAAUUCCCUGAAAGUUUGUGUUAAAUGUGAAUUUUAAUAUGUACUGUUUGUAUUUAUAUUGAUGUAUAGUGAACUGAAGAUAGUUAUAAACUGAAGUAGAUUCUUGAAAACUGCCUAAAGAGCUUCUAUGGAUGGAGGAUUAUUUUUCCCCUGUGUUUAGAAAUAUAAAAUAUAGGUAAGGUAUUUAAUCAACAUUUUUGGUAAUUCUAGUUAUCUCUUUUUUGGUGGGGCAUUGCUUUUUGUUUUAGUUUUACUUUCUCUCUACUACUACUACUACUAAAUGUAGACUAUUUACAGUAUCUAUAAAGCCUUUUCUUUGAUCUCUUAGAAGGUAGUUCCUUUAUAAAAUAGUUAAAUAAUUCUUACUAGUUAAAUUUUUCUUUCCAUAGAUUGUUACUGCCAAGAAUACCUCUUCCAAAUAGCACAUGUUAUUUGUUAGACAGAAUUGUAUUCAAAACACUGAAAUGUGAGUAAAGGGGUAGGUUUCAAGGGGUAGGUUUUGUUGGUAAUUUGGAGGAUUUGAAAUGGUCCAUUCUAACUACUUAGUGACCACUAGAUUCUUUCUUUCUUCUCUCUCUCUCUCUAAAUGUAUUUAUUCCUUUGUUUUUCUUAUUGGCAAAAACACAGAAGUCACACAAUA